UAUGUCUAGCUGUUCUGUAGAACAUAAUAAAAGGGGUGACAGCGAAGUGGUAGCGGACGGAAAUGACAAAGGAGGGUGUGCACCUUUAUAGUCUCUCGAUGCCUUGAUGUAAUAAUGUCAUGACAAUAUAUAAAUACGUUUUUGUAAGCGGUAAGAUUGAUUACCAAUAUGACCGACAGGGAGGUGAUACUGAAUACAUCGGCCGCGGUUGGAAUGUACACCAGGUGCUUUAUUACUCAGGAACCGGAAUUCGUCAUAAAUGAAACAAACGAGGGUGAUUCUAAGAGUUGUCUACCUACUGUCGUAAUGGGAUCUGAUGAUUACUCUCCAUUAUACAAAGUUAUUGCAGUGAUAGUUCCUCUUAUUAUCUUCAUGAUCGGAAUGCUUGGAAAUUUAUUGGUGAUCGUCGUGGUUUCACGUCGGAGAAGCAUGCAGACUCCGACCAACUGUUAUCUUAUAAGUUUAUCGGUAGCUGACUGCCUCCUACUUUUGUCAGCAACACUUCCCUCUAUACCAGAGCCCCUCUUCCGACGAAACCACUGGCCGUGGGGAAGGGCCAUGUGUUCUGUUCUCGUAUUCGUACAAUAUCUUGGCGCCGACGCGUCGGCUCUUUCAAUUACCGCAUUUACUUUAGAGCGUUACAUUGCUAUAUGUCACCCAAUGAAGGCACAAACAAUAUGUACUGCUCGCCGAGCUAAGCGUAUAAUUAUCUCACUCUGGUGCUUUUCUGUGCUUUAUUGCACCCCCUGGCUUGGAUUGACUACUAUGACGUAUAACUUAACCUGCGACGGGUCGGCACCCCUUCAUAGUUGUACAUACAGGUUAGAGCGAGAAUCGUAUCUGUUUUAUUACAUGACGGACUUUUUCAUCUUCUAUGUGUUCCCUUUACUUUUGUCCGGGAUUCUCUACUCGUUCAUUAUCAGGAUACUUUUUAACAAGUCAGCAUUAGAUUCGGACGGAAGCAAAGCUCCGGAAUAUUCCAGCCGUACACGUCAAACGUCCAAUUCCCGGUGCCAGGUGAUACGCAUGUUGGUGGUGAUAGUGGUGGUAUUUGCCAUGCUGUGGCUGCCGUACCGGGCUAUAGUGGUAUAUAACUCCUUAGCAGACUAUAAGUACCUCAACGUCUGGUUCUGGCUCUUUUGUCGCAUCAUGGUGUACAUCAACAGUGCCGUCAAUCCCAUCCUCUACAGUCUCAUGUCGCUAAAAUUCAGAAAAGCCUAUCAUCGGAUACUCUCUUGCAAUCCUCAUUUUAAGAGGCAGUCAUCAGGAACCAUCAACGAGUCUACAACUGCCGCGAACUGGACAAGAAUAUCCCGGCGCAGAAGUCAGCUCGAACACACGUACCUUAUGACCAACAACACGAGGCGCUUCAGCAUGGGUAGACAGAACUGCAGUGCACCGCCGUUAUCAGGACCACGAUCGCGACUGUCACUACAGUCUCUCUAUGUCCAUAAUAACUAUUGCUCACGCAGUGUUGACGUUAUUGACGCCAUGCAGUCCGAAAACUCGGUGUGACGUCAAUGCAGAUUAAGUAACAAAACGCUAGCAAAUUUUGUUAUCCUAUUUCUCUGUUGUAUUUCUACGCGUAUGAUGGAUAUUACCAACAUUUCUCUUGCAAAAUCAUGUUUAUGUAAAUUUUCUUUUUUUCUUUACAUUUUAAAACAAACAAUAUUUGAGAAACACAACUUCUGUUAACUACAGAAUAAUGCCGAUUGAUCUGCUGCCCAGUUUAAGAGAAAGGGCUUCGAUUUAUCCAUCGUCCGAAUUCCAUUUUUAUUAAUCUUUUAAAUCAAAGGCAAAUUUAAUUUCGGCAAAACGACAGUUUCUGGACCGAUUGCUUUAUCCAAUACCUUAUAUUAGUUUGUGGUUUAUCCAAUACCUUAGUUUGUGGUUUAAACACAUCUCAUUAUGAACGAACGCUUGACUAUCAAUGUCAAUGCCAUUCCCCAUACUGUGGUUACUUAGUUACAUAACUAGUUAGUGGUUCUGUUUUUUCCCUUAUUAUACAGAAAUAAAUACGAUUCGAACCUCUGGAAUAUGGAGGACAUGGAAUUGGGCUCGUGUGUUUUUAAACAACGUCUUGAAUUUUUAGACUCUGCAGCAAAAUGAAAUCAGUCCUGCUCAAUCGAUUUUUGUAUAAAGUGU